UUUGUCCACUUUGUUCUCCACACGAGUGCGCGUAGGGAGAAAUGUAGAACUCCAAAGUGAGGUGAAAUUCCUCCGCGCAGCGCGCCAUUGACUGUAAGGACCUUUCAACUUAACAACAAGAAAAAAAAACUCAAGUUGACAAACCGUCGCGCUUGAAAGAGUUUUUUUUAAAGGCGGCCACGGCGGAAGUCUCGAGGGCGGCGAUGCCGACAUUAGCACCGCCACAUUUUCCCUUUUUUGUGUGUUUUGUUCCCCAAAUGGAGCUCAGCUAGUGGUCCGCUUUGCUAGCUCGCAACUUGUUUCCGGACUACAAAAAAAAAAAAAAAAAACAUGGACGACUACCAGCAAGAUGUGGUUCUCCGGGCCAGCCAAAUGAUGGACGAGCUCUCCCUGUACGACGGAAUGUACGCCGCCGGGAGGGACAUCGUGAUCGGACGCGAUUUGGACUUCUCGCCGCCGCCGCCGCAGCCGCCGCCGGUCGAGUGCGGCAGGAGCGCGAUGAAUGGCACCGCUGUGCUCCAGCAGCAGCAUCACACCGUGGAGAACUUCACCACCGGGAAUAAAGUCUACACGGCGGCUCCGGUGAGGCCGGUCAAGUGCAACAGGACCGUGCCUGUGGAUUUCUGCGCCCCGCAGAGAGAGACGGGCUACGGCGAGGAGGGCUGCUGCAAGUCCGAGGUGGCUCUUCCGUGCUACACCGGCGUCUCCGACAGGCAGCGGAGGUACUCGCUGGAGGUGCACAGGUACAGCACCGGCUCCGCCUUCGACGCCCUCCACAAGCCGCUGCCUCUGCCCGGCAACAGGUGCAACAGCAUGUGCAUCGACGGUAGGCACGGCGCCGCCAGCCCCCGCUCCAGCCUGGCGUCCUCCGUGUCCUCCCAGGACCAGAGCAAGCACGCCAGCCCCAGGUCGAGCAUCAGCAGCCCGCGGGCGAGCCUGGUGGUGCCCGGCCAGGAUCGCUACACCAACAGUCCCAGGUCCAGCCUGGCGCACUGCGAGGGCUCCGGCGUGCUGAGCCCCAGGUCCAGCUACGCCAGCACGGCCAGCGACACCAGCAAGCACUCCAGCCCCAGGACCAGCCUCAACAGCUGCGACUGCUGCAGCAAGCCCAGCAGCAACCGCACCAGCGGCAUCAGCAUGGGCUACGACCAGAGGCACACCAGCCCCAGGUCCAGCACGGCCAGCCAGUACUCCUUCACCACCAGCCCCAGAUCCAGUUACUCGGACUCUCGGUACGGUCCGGCGACCCGGGAUGACUUUGACGGAGCCGUGUUGCAUUCGGCUCCGCUCAUGGCCAGCCCGAGGUCCAGCUUCUGCAGCCAGGACGGGAGCUCCAGACCCGGGGCGGGUGCCAACUGCGUGCUAAGCCCGCGCUCCAGCAUCUCCAGCCACAGUUCGAGAAGCUCCCGCAGCUCCAGGGGAUCUAUGAGCGCCUACCCGGACCUUCAGCUGCCCUCCCCCAGGGCUUCCAUUCUGGCGGGACAUGAUGACUCUCUGAUGCAGGAGCUCGGGGACUCAAACGGGAUACACGGUCGCCUCCAUCUCCAGGAGAACACGCUGGAAAUGACUCCUGGUUCGGCAUUUGGCAACGGCCUCGCGGGCCCCAAAACGUCCUCGGCGGGGCAGAGGUUCAAGCUGCCCUAUCAGGUGACCCCGAGCCGGGAGAGUGGACCGAGCCAGGCGGAGAGGCGUCUGGAGGCGCUCACCUUGGAGCUGGAAAAGGAGCUGGAGAUGCACAUGAAGAAGGAAUACUUUGGUAUCUGCGUCAAAUGCGGCAAAGGCGUUUACGGAGCGAGCCAAGCCUGCCAGGCCAUGGGGAACCUGUAUCACACCAACUGCUUCACCUGCUGCUCCUGCGGGAGACGACUGAGAGGGAAAGCCUUCUACAACGUCAACGGCAAAGUCUACUGCGAGGAGGACUUUCUGUACUCGGGGUUCCAGCAGACGGCCGAGAAGUGCUUCGUGUGCGGUCACCUCAUCAUGGAAAUGAUCCUCCAGGCGCUGGGCAAGUCCUACCAUCCAGGCUGUUUCCGCUGCGUGGUUUGUAAGGAGGGUCUCGACGGCGUGCCGUUCACCGUGGACGUGGAGAACAACAUCUACUGCGUCAAAGACUACCACACGGUUUUUGCUCCCAAGUGUUCCUCCUGCAAUGAGCCUAUCCUUCCAGCUCAGGGCUCUGAGGAGACCAUUCGAGUGGUCUCGAUGGACAAGGACUACCACGUGGAGUGUUACCAUUGUGAGGACUGCGGCCUCCAGCUAAACGACGAGGAGGGCCACCGCUGUUACCCGCUGGACGCCCACCUGCUCUGCCACGGCUGCCACAUCCACCGGCUGCAGUCCCAGGCUCCCUCGCAGCCGCCCCCCAGCUACCCCCUCCAUGUCACUGAGCUGUGAGGGGAAAAGGGAAAACCGGAAAACCCCUCCCCCACUACUGCUCCUCCCCCUCGAGGUGUCCGUUGACGCUAACCUGCGCGGUGGUGCCCCCGGGGCGGUGGACUCACACUGCUGCUCACCCCCCUUUCCCGGGUGACGUCAUGCCUCCUGAACCUUUCAUGGGGCCGCUCACUCUGUGCUCUUCAUAACGACACAUUUAAAUGACCGCCCACCCCUGGGGGGCCGUCGCUGGCUGGACCGGACAGGCCCGGUGCGGCCGUGCUGUGCCUUCAGAGCGGGCUCUUCGUGCAGCCGCUGACACUGACGUGAGCCGACGGCUAUGUUAGUGCCCCCCACCCCCCUACCCCCCCUUUUAACAGAGCCCCCGCCCCCAACAUUCCGUGUAGAAGACCUGCAGAGAUUCACAAGGUGUGUCUUAAUGAAUACUAUGACAGAAAUGCUAGAUUGUCUUUUAUACAUACAUAUAUAUGAAUAUAAAUCUAUAUAUUGCAACUGUUUUCCACAUAGAUAGUUAUUCCCGACCAUUCUGGUCAGGUGACAUUCCUCGGUCGGAGCAAACUGGCCUUCCGAAUGUUCUUUUAGUACCAGACGUUCAAUCACGGCGAGGCCGUUUUGUAUUUUUGGAGGCCUUAAAACACACAAAACAUGUCAUGAUAACACGUAAAUUAACAGUACUACUAUUUAAACGGCCAUUUUGACCCUUUUGUUAUGCCUGGAAAAACUAAUCUAAAAACUCGCAGACCUCCGCCAAGCACCGUAGUUCCCCCCCAUAUUGUGAUUUACACCAUAAAUAUUAGUUCUACAUUUAUUUUAUCUACAUUUUUAAAUUCCUUGACUGUGAAAACUUGUAAGAAGAAUGCUAAUGUUAGCUUACUUACACUGAGCAUAAUAGCUAAGCGCCUACACUUGAAAAUGCUAAAAAUGUUAGCAUGCUAACACAUAGCGCUAAGUGUCUUGAGUGUCAUAUUCAUGAAAAUUGCCUAGCAUUAUGCUAGCAUACACCUAGCAUAAUGCUAAUGUUAGCAUGCUAGCAAUGCUAAUACGCCAAUGUUAGCAUGUUAACACCUGGCAUGAUAGUACUGAGUGUGCAUUUCAGUGUCUACCCAUGAAAACAGCUAAAAAUGCUACCAUGUUAAUGUUAGCUUACUUACACUGAGCACAAUAGCUCAGUGCCUACCCUUGAAAAUGCUAAAAAUGUUAGUAUGCUAACACAUAGCGCUAAGUGUCUUGAGUGUCAGUUAUGAAAAUUGCGAAAAAUGCUAGCCUUCUCAUGCUAACACCUAGCAUAAUGCUAAUGUUAGCAUGCUCACAAUGCUAAUACGCCAAUGUUAGCAUGUUAACACCUAGCAUGAUAGUACUGAAUGUGCAUUUCAGUGUCUACCCAUGAAAACAGCUAAAAAUGCUACUCUGCUAAUGUUAGCUUAAUACCUUAGCGCCUACCCUUUUAAAAUACUAAAAAUGUUAGUAUGCUAACACAUAGGGUUAAGUGUCUUGAGUGUCAUAUUCAUAAAAAUUGCAAAACCUGCUAGCCUGCUCAUGCUAACAUGAGCAUGCUAACACCUAGCGUAAUGCUAAUGUUGGCAUGCUAGCAAUCUUAAUACGCCAAUGUUAGCAUGUUAACACCUGGCAUGAUAGUACUAAGUGUGCAUUUCAGUGUCUACCCAUGAAAACAGCUAAAAAUGCUACUAUGUUAAUGUUAGCUUACUUACAUUGAGCAUAAUAGCUCAGCACCUACCCCUGAAAAUGCUAAAAAUGUUAUAUGCUAACACAUAGCGUUGAGUGUCAUAUUCAUGAAAAUUGCAAAAAAAUACUAGCCUGCUCAUGCUAACAUGAGCAUGCUAACACCUAGCAUAAUGCUAAUGUUAGCAUGCCAGCAAUGCUAAUACACCAAUGUUAGCAUGUUAACACCUGGUAUGAUAGUACUAAGUGUGCAUUUCAGUGUCUACCCAUGAAAACAGCUAAAAAUGCUACUAUACUAUACUAUAUUAGCAUGCUAGUGAUGCUAACAUUGCUGCGUUUGUGCUUUAUGCUGCGCUUGAUGGAGGUAAAAAUUGGCUAUAUUAGCACCAAAGCACUGAUAACAUAAUUCAAACUAGGUUAGCGGUUAGCCUCGUGUGAUCCAUCUGGUACUAAAAGACGUUUAGUCACCUGACGUCUCAAUUUUGUGGCGCUAACGAUUUUUUUUUUUACCUCGGAGCAGCUGGUCCCGCCUGAGUUUUUUUUUUUUUAAAUUGCGUCGUCGCCACUGCGGGUGGAAACAUGAGACAUGAGAAUGUCAACCUUUCAUUUUUGUCCUUUUGAUUGGCACUUUCCCCCCCCCCCAAUCUCCAAACUUACACGCGACACCAACGAGCCGUGGGCACGAGCGGCCGGACCACGACCCGCACCCCGCUACGUCUGCAGGGCAGCGCGGCGGGACCCUAACGUGGACCGCCGUCACACGGCACACCAUGGCACAAACCUCCGCCAAGGCUUCCGGAUGACUGCACACCUGACGUACACCUUUAUAAUUUAUAAUAAUAAUAAUUAUAAUUCUUUUAUUGAAAUAUCCUCAUCAAUUAUGUACGAAUAAUACUAGCAUACAAACUACUAUUAUAUUUUGGAUAUUUUUUUAGUAAUAAUAAUAGUAAUUAAUAAUAUAAAAAUGUUUAAAUAUUUAAUUAAAAUAUAUAUAAAUAGCAGCUACUAUUUGUUUAGCCAAUUAUCUUUUUUUGUCAUCGAAAUUGAGGAAAUAUAUAUUUUUCACUACUUAUGAAAUAUAUUUUAGUUAAUUAAAAUUCAUCCAAAAAUUCUUCAUUUUUAACCCCCAAAUUUAUGAAUCACAUAAUAAAAGUA